GGCGACAUGGCCUUGCAAUGCACCAAGUCGGCGGGACACUGGAAGAUUGUAGUGUGGGACGAGGAGGGCUUCCAGGGCCGGCGGCAUGAGUUCACCGCUGAGUGCCCCAGCGUGCUGGAACUUGGCUUUGAGACUGUGCGAUCUUUGAAAGUGCUGAGCGGAGCGUGGGUGGGCUUUGAGCAUGCCGGAUUCCAAGGGCAGCAAUACGUGCUGGAGCGGGGUGAGUACCCAUGCUGGGAUGCCUGGAGCGGCAACACAGCCUACCCCGCUGAGAGGCUCACCUCCUUCCGGCCCGUGGCCUGUGCUAACCAUCGUGACUCGAGGCUGACCAUCUUUGAGCAAGAGAACUUCCUGGGCAGGAAAGGAGAGCUGAGUGAUGACUAUCCUUCCCUCCAGGCCAUGGGCUGGGAUGGCAAUGAAGUGGGCUCCUUCCAUGUCCAAUCGGGGGCCUGGGUUUGCUCCCAGUUUCCUGGCUACCGAGGUUUUCAGUAUGUGCUGGAGUGUGACCACCACUCGGGAGACUACAAGCAUUUCCGGGAGUGGGGCACUCAUGCCCAGACCUUCCAGGUGCAGAGUGUCCGCAGGAUCCAGCAGUGAGCAGGGGGACCCGAGCUGAGUGGUGAACGUGUGAUUGUCUGGAACAGAGAUGCCGUGGAGGCUGUUACACGCUCUCUCCUCCGCCUCCCCCUGUAACUCCAAGGGAACGCAGCAUCCACGUGAGCCGGUCCAUGCAUGCACAGUCAGCACGAAAAACUAAAAGUAAUAAAAAAGGUCUAGUGUUA